CCCUCUACAACUUGAACUUCUCAGACUUCCAAAGAACAAGUUUUCUUGGUCACAACAUAUAAAUUUAAAUAUGGGGAUUCUGAGCCACCCAUCAAUCCUCCUCCUCCUCUGGGCUGCUUUGGUCUUUGGUCAGUAUGAAGACUAUGAUUUUGAGGAUGAUUAUGGUGGGGAGCCAGAUCAUCAACUUCCAUAUUAUUUUAACCCAAACAGCCAAGCUGAAGUUCCUCAUUUUCCUUUCCCAGUUGAGUGUGCCAAAGAAUGUUUUUGUCCACCAGCUUUUCCCUUAUCCAUGUACUGUGACCACCGGAAACUCAAGACAAUACCAAACAUCCCCAGUCACGUCCAACAACUUUAUCUGCAAAACAACAACAUUGAAGCUGUUCCUGCAGGACCAUUCACCAACGUUACCUUCGUAAGGGAAAUUAACCUCAGCUACAACAAUAUUAAAUUCCAUAUGAUUGACCAUGGUGUUUUUGCCAAACUUUCAAAUUUAGUGCAACUUCAUCUACAACAUAAUGAAUUAGAAGAAUUUCCAUUCCCUCUGCCCAGCUCUCUAGAGAGGCUCCUCCUUGGUUUCAAUAAGAUUUCCCGCUUACCUGGAAACGCAUUGGAAGGAUUGCCCAACAUGACCAUGCUUGACCUUUGCAAUAACUUACUUGAUGACACAGUAUUGAAAGAAAAACCCUUUUCAAACAUGAAAAAUUUAAUGCAGCUCAACUUAUGCAACAACAAAUUACAGACAAUGCCUCCUGACCUGCCACCAUCACUUCGGCAUCUUUCUCUUGAAAAUAACUCCAUUUCUCAUAUUCCAGAAAACUAUUUCAACAGGCUUCCUCACAUCAUUGCUCUAAGAAUGUCCCACAAUAACCUGCAGAACAUUCCACACAACACCUUUAAUCUACCCAACCUUCUAGAACUUAAUCUUGGACAUAACAAACUGAAGCAAGUGUUCUAUAUUCCAAGAAGUCUGCAGCAUUUGUACAUCGAAAACAAUGAAAUUGAAAACAUCAAUGUUACUGUGAUGUGCCCAACCCUGGACCCACUGAACAUUAAGCAGUUAACCUACAUACGGGUGGACCAGAACAAGCUCACGAGCCCCAUCAGCACCUACGCCUUCUUCUGCUUCCCCCUCAUCAGAACCAUUUAUUAUGGAGAGCAAAAUGUCACAGUCAGCAGGCCAAGUGGGCUCAGAACACCAGUGUUCCGGCGGUUCCUAACACCAGAGGAAUUCCAGGAAGCAGAGGACAACCAAGAAACGCUCAAUCAAGAAACUGAAGAAGAUCAUGAAGCAGAAGACAGUUAUUUUCAUCCUUACUAUCACUGAAGUAAUCAUUGGUAAUAAGUGUAGACGGAAACUUUCCAUUAGUCUGGGUUAUUCAUAUCUAUCCUACAACAACAGGGCAGUUUGGGAUAUUCAAGAUGCAUCUAUAAAGUGGAAAUAGGAGUUCAAAGUAGGUAAAUGUCCUAUUAUUGGUGUAGUAAAAAACAAUACUAGCAACAAAGAGCACUCACCUGAGCAUUAGAUAGAGGUCUGACACAACCUGGUUUGAUGAUGGGCUCACCUUUGGGUGAGCAGCUGAAGCGAAAGAAAAUUGACCUGAAAAGCUUCUCUGUUCUUAAGUGACCCAAUGACAAAUUUGCUAAAAUACAAAUCAGUGUCAUAAUUCAGUAGGAACAAGUGAUUAAGGCCAAAAAUCCACCCAGCUCUACAUCCUACUGCUGACAGCAGAAGCAAAGAGACACGCUAGGAUGAGACUGAAAUUACAAAAUACUUCCACAAGGUUCCUCUGCAUCUCCCAGAAACAGAUCUUCCAACUCCUAAUUGGAUGAGCACAUCACAAAUAUGGAGCUCCAAACCUUCCCCAUAUUAUGUUUCAAGUGUCCUGACAAGCUGUAUUAUAAUAUUAACUUUUUUGGCUAUCCUUUACCUACCACAAUCUUUCAAAGGAGAUUUCAGCUUAUUACUAACAUAGGCAAUAAACAAUCUUUCACCAAGCUGCUGGGUUCUAGGGAAAAGCAUGUGCAUUAACACAACCAAACCAUUAGCUUUUAUAUUUUCCCUAUGCUUCAGCCCAUGUUAUUUUAGAAGACACAUAGAAAUGUAAUGUAAUCUUUGCAUUUAG